UUGAUGUUUUGAUGGUUUUCAUCGCCUCGGUUGCGCUUGUCCCGUUUCCCCGGGAUGGGGUUUUUGCGGCUUUUGUUCAGUCUGUUAAUGUGUUCUUGUCUUCUCGUUAUCACUUCGUAUCAUCUGGUCAUCAGCAAAAAGAAUGGAUUCACACAAGACGAAUGUCUCGAAGAUGGAUCAUAUGUUGAACCAAAGGGCAAUCUGUCUUUAGAACGGUUUCUUCUUUGGUUUUUAUUUCUUGUUUAUUUCUUUUCUUUUCUUUUCUUUUAGUCUUCUAUUCUUCUGUAGAGUCAGCAGAUUUCAGUACACAAAGACUUUAAGGCAAUUGAGAGAUUCUUUUUCUCAGAAUGUAUUUUCUGGAACGACAUUAAAAUCUCACUAAGAAAGACAGGGGAAAAUGAAAGCAGCUUGAAAGGAAACAAACCGAAGUUAUACCGCUGUCGAGCGACGUGUGUUGGGGAGGGGAGACGGACGGACGUUCUUCACGUAAGUCGCUGAUGUUCAAGAGAAAAACGUCUUUGAAAAUGAGUCGUUGUACAGCCCGUAGUAAAAGGCAAACGACCAUGGCGAUUUUAGAAACAACCAUAUGCCGGCAAAAGACGAGAAUAUUAAUACUGUUCAUACUACUGCUGUCCCACCGCCGCACAUCCGCUGUGUACUUUACAAGGGGAACGCCAUGUCGGGGUUAUACGCCGCGUAGUUUAUCCUGUGAAGCCAAGGCUUUCCCUACAGAACAGCAGGGUCUUCUGUCGUGUGCCAGACUUUGCGCCAGAGCCGACGUUUGCGUGGGAGUGGCAAUGGACGAAAAGGGGCAGUGCUAUCACUACCAGGAAUGUCUGUCUGCCGAUACGUGUUCUGUUGACGAUGACCCCCAGUGGCUUCGUCUGCCCUUCUACGGGAAGAACCUUGGUUUUGCGCCAAGUGCUCUUCCUCAGGAAGUUUGUUUGAACGCAGGAGUAUGGAAUCAGUCAACCGAAUCCUGUCAAUGUACCGGUGGUUGGAUUGGUGUGAACUGUCAGAUGCUUGCUUCUAAAUGCUCCCAGCUCGUUGGUUUAUACCCCGACGGGUACCACGUAGUGUCCAUGAAACUCCAUCGAAUCAUAACCGUUAGAUGCCAGUUGAUGUCUAAAGAGCCUGGGGCCAACACUUACAUUGCCCUAAGCCAUGGGAACAUGUCUUUUAAUCGCACAUGGGAAGACUACGUGCUUGGUUUUGGCUUACCGUCCGAUCAAAACUUUUGGCUUGGUCUCGAAAACAUCCACGCGGUAACGGCCUCCGGAUUGAGUAUACUGAGCAUCGACAUUGUCCUGGACUUUCAAAUGUACGCCUCCUCUAUGGUGCGAUACAAGAAUGUAUUUGUUGGGGGUCCAUCCACGAAGUACGCGCUGGGCGUUACGUGGGAUUACGACUUUACCACUCCCACUUUCUCAUCCGCCGUGGGCGAAUCAAACAGGCUCGGUGACUGCUUGUCUAAAGUGAGCCAAACCCCCUUUUCUACCUUCGACGCUGAUCACGAUCUAAACCCAGGCGACUCCUGCGCGUCGAGGGCUGGGUCUGGCUGGUGGUUCACCGACUGCGAUCCGGAUUGCAACCCUCUGGGUUGGAGCUACACUGCUAGACCAGGUCCUCAAAACCCAGGUCACCUGCUGUUGAAGGGCUUAGAUUUUUCUGACGGUUCGUCUUACAAAAAUCUCUUCGCUCACCUUGAUGUGUACUUUUACCAGAGACUUUGAACGGCCCAAUCCUUCUUCUUCAGACAUUUCUUUUCUUUUUCUUUUUCUUCUUUCUUAGACAGAGCGGUUUGACAUGGGGGCUGGGGGCAAUGAUUACAGUAGGAAAGAUGAAUCCACAGAGUUAAUAUAUCGCUCGACGGCUGAAAGUCGAAAUCUGAAUGUAUCUCAUCGUUCUUGGAAUGUAUCCUACAUGUCUUAAGAAACAACAACAAAAAUAAAAGUCCAAGCAUCCAAAUGACCUCAUGUCACAACCAAGUAAGUCGUUCAGUUAAAAUUCAAAACGAAGGUUAUGCACACGAAAUGAUUUUGUUUUCUUGCAAUGUUCUUGCUGUAGCCCUACUUUUAUCAGUCCUAUAAAUAAUUUUACAAAAUCUUGUAAAAUCUUGUUCCUGAAUCAGAUCCUUACCCCUUUCCUUUCUCAAUGUCUGAUUUUUUAUUUUUUAUUUUAAUUUUUUUUGUGGAUGUUAUAAGGUAAUCAUGUAACACUUUUAAUCAAAAUAUCAUGUUCACAAAUAUUUUAGUAAUACUUAAAGCGGGAAGAUGAUUUACGCAUCGGACAGAAAUCGCGUCCAUUCUAUUUCUGCUUGUAUUUAAAGAAAUAAGAUUAGAUAUUCACUAUAAGGUACUGAAUCUGCUUAAGAUGUUCGGUAAGAAAGAGUGCACUCGAAAUUGUCCAAAACGAUUAUCUAGCGUCGAAGAGAAAAUUUAUUAUCUUAGAAAAAUAAAUGUCUUUAAUGAUUUGA